UGGCAACGGGGUGUGACAAGCAAUGUAGAAGACGAUAAUGCGUUGUUUGUGUAAUUUUACAACAAUGAACUUCGAGUAAACUCUAUUCAGCACGCGCUGGCAGUGGUAUUUGCUUUAAGCCCGGAACGUUUAAGCUAACGGUAUCAUUUUGUCUUUUCUUCCACAAAGAUGUCUUUUCAAGAUUUAUCUCUUCCGUCUGAUGAUGAGGCUUUCUACGUUCAGUGCAGAGCUGCAUACCUGGCUGUGUUCAGGUCUAGUUUGGCUAAUAUCGCUUCGAAACAGCAGUUAUGUCGCGCUCUCCAACAAGCCGGUAGAAAUCCAUCCCAUGCCACUCUCAGCAAAUACUGGACCCCGAGGACAUCCAAGCUCAACUUUGAUGACUUCUGUGAGAUUCUCAAAUGUGAAAGGAAAACAGAGGAAACUGAGUUGGUGAGAGCCUUCAAGAGGAUGGACGUGAAUGGGGAUGGCUUCAUCUCACACAGUGAACUGGAAAAGGCCCUCACCACUAGAGGAGAGAAAAUGACCCCUGAAGAGGUGAAUGCUAUUUUCUCUUUGGCCGACAUCAAUAGAGACGGCAAAUUGGACUAUGCAGAAUUUUGCAGAUUGUUUAUAUCUACAGUAGAGCAGUGUCAGACAGCGGCUUUGGAGAGGCUUGAGUCCAAUGCCAAGCUGAAGAGACAGAACUUUGGCAGUCAGUCAUACAGCCCUCCAAAGAGCUCUGUGUCAUCAUCAGCACCAUCAGCAGCAGUGGCAGCGACUCUCCCUCAACCACCGGAAACCCCCAGAGCAGACUCAGACACAGCACUCAAGAAAGACAGUCGAUCAUCGUCUCGUCCUUCUUCGGCUCGCAGCAGACGGUCUUCCUUGUCGAAUCUGACCACCGUGACAACCAGCAGCACUAAGACCAGCAAAGUACAAGAGCCCUUAGGCUCACAGGAGUGGCAUCGAACUUUUGUGAGGGGCUGUUUCUUCCUGGAGGAUGAUGGGAGUAUCAGCUCUCUGCAGUACCAGCUCCACAUCCCCCAGACCACCACCGUCUGCCUGACCAUGCAACCACUCAUUCUCAGCAACAGACCUGACAAGCCUUCUCUUUGGAUGGCAGUGGACACGGCUCUGUUUGUAACAACAGCUGGUGAAACUAAAGAGGAUUCAACUUUAGUGUGUUUCACUGAGUCCAAAGACAAAGAGAAGUAUACUUGGAGAGGAGAACUGAAUGCUGGGACAUACUACUUACUUCCCUUCACUACUGGCUGCAAACUGAAGAAAAGAACAGAAAAGAACCUCUCCAGUAAACCCACAGAGCUCAUUUACAGAACUGAUACUGGAGAACUGGACCUCACCAGGGAGCUCAGGGAGGCACUGUCUGACAUCUUUGAAGUGAUAGACAUGGAUGGAAAUGGUUUGCUCAGUCUGGAGGAGUACAACCUCUUUGAGUUGAGGACCAGCGGAGAGCAAUGUGACAAGGAUGCCUGGGCGGUCUGCAAAGAAAACUUUGAUAUGAGAAAGAACCAGCUGACUCGGCAAGGCUUCAUGGAGCUGAACCUGAUGGAGGCCACAGAAAAAGAUGGAGACCCUGCAGACCUCUGGGUCACUCUGGAAGCUAUGGGUUUCAACCAAAUGCUGGAGUUAGUAGAGGCGUGCCCGUUCCAGAUAGAAAUUCACUGUGAAGGCACUCAGCCCUCUAUUCAGACAAUCAAUUUGGACUCAGGGCCCAAGCUCCUGAACCAGGCUCUCCAGAAGUCCAUUACAGCCAGGACAGGAGCCAAAGCACUGAGGGGCCAAGAUAACGUCUUCAUCUACACAUACAGAGGAGAGCACAGGAUCUCCUCCCUCAUAGCCAACAAGAGCAACCAGAAAGUGACGGUCCAUGUAAACAACGAGCAGAACAAGAACUGCUGCAGCAGCAGAGGCAUGAGUGUGUUCGCUGUAGAGGUGCCAGCCAGGACUAAGAUGGUGUGCCAGCAUGUCCUGCCCAUCAGUGACAAACAGGAAUGGACCUACAGCUGUAUGGAGACAGUACUACCUUGCACUUGAAGGUUUACUUCAAUUGAGAUUUUAAAGUUUGGAUGAAAAAAAAAAAGUCUUAAUAGAAAUAUAUCAUUAUCCGUAUGAUCACUUCUGUUACUAGUGAAACCAAAUGAUUACCAUGAGUGAGCUUUGCCUUGACAAAUGGGGCUUAUUAUUUGUCCAGCCUCAUGUAUCAUACACAUUAAACUAAACCCCUUUGGAUGCUUAUGGGCGGUAGCUUGUUCAGGUACAACUAAACGAAUGUUAGAGUAUGAUAUAUAUCACUUUUAAAUGUAGUGGCUACUUUUGUUAUGUCCAGCAUGUCCAAAUCCUCCCAUAAGAUAUGUUCUAAAAGUCAUAUUUUUAGCCCCUGAUAACUGGGGCUAUUCUUUGUAAAUAGACAGUAGAUUUUACAGCUGCCUUUGUGUAUAAUGCUGUGCCAUGUUAUGUCAAUUAACAAUUUUAACUUUAUUAAAGCACCUUAUUGUGAAUUUCUGACUAGUUUAUAGUCAGUUUUUGAUAUAGGUUUAUGCCUCACAGUUAUGGUUUUGAAACAGUCCUCCUUAAAUAACAUUAAAAUUAAAGUUUUUUUUCCUUUUAACUCCUUUUCCAUGUUAGAGAGUUCAUGUGACUAAGGAGACCAGUUACAUUCAAAUGAAAAAAAUAUGCCCUGUUUUUCUGAGUUAGUUUUUUUAAUUUUGAAUUUUUCUGAGUUCUUCUGACUUUCUCAGAAUUACAUCAUACACUUAUAUGGAAAAUAAAUUUCUGGUAUAAUUUUUGAGUACGUUUAACUUAGGAAAAACUUUAAGUAUAGCACAUAAUCCCUAUUCAUGUGCUGAUUUAAGUUCUAUUUAUAUGUUUUACUGUUGUAAUCAAUUUAUAUAUUUUUGGUUUACACAUUUGAAUGCAAUCCUUCAUUUUGCUAUCCAUCAACAUCUUGUUCAUACAGGAAUAGUUAAAAACAAUAAAAGCCUAUGCUUGAAAUGCAGUCUUGCUGUGGCUAGGAUAUGAUGCUGCACUCACUCAGACAGGUUAAAAGUGUUCAUUGUAUUUUCUUGCAAAAUCACCAGAAACAAAAACACACCAAUUCUUGCCAAAAAGUCAUGUCAUAAUAAAUAAGUGUAAU